UCAGUGUGGCCCGUGUCUUCAAUGAGUUUUGUCAUGCUUUAGCGCAGAAACAGCGGUUCGAUAUCGUGAUACCCACAGCAUAUAAACAGUAUAAUAUACUAUAUCCUUCAGAUACCAGAUAGCAGCGGCAAACUAAGCGACUUAGAAGUUUCGAGUUUCAUUUGACCAAACACAAUCGACACAAAAUGCUCACUCCUUGCCUGCUGCUAGUCGCCACAGUCGCCAGUUUCAGCCUCCACGCGCAGGCCAUCCGGGUGGACUGGGGCACCAACACAGGACCCAUAGCACCACCUCCGCCGCGCACCACUCCGCAGCCGCCGAGGAAACCAUACCGGGAUCCAGCGCCCGUCUGGGAGGACCAGAGCGAUGACGUACCCAACCCCAAUCCCUAUGUCUACGUGUUGCCACCGCCUUCGAGACCAAGGACCUGGGCGAUUCCCGCCGGACCAUAUGCUCCGCCCAACUACAACAACCUGCCGCCCAAGGGCAACAACUACGGCCAGCUGGCCAGCAAUUCCUACAGCGGAGGAGUGACCUCCGUGCCGGGACUGGCCGCCCAGUAUGUGCCCGGAGUGGGCAUCAAGUAUACGGCAAUUGUGUCUGAUAAGCUGCAGGGCAAAUACAAUGCGAAGACCAAGAAGUACAAGGCCUAUGAGAAGGCCAAGUACGCUUACCCCUGGAACUAUUUGCAGCAGUUGCCGGUGGAGGAGAAGGCCUUGGAAUGGCAGGCGGAGCUCGAGAAGCGACUCGACGAGGAGCAGUCGCGGUCUCAGGCUCUCAGUUCCUCCACGACAAGCACCACUUCCAGCACCUCAACAACCACCAGUACCACCACCACACCAGCACCACUUCCAUCCGCAGACAGCAACACAACUGCCGCAUCGACGACAACAUCUACGAGCACGCAGCAGCCCACAACAAUUGCCAAUUACAAGCUGGCACACGAGAAGAGCGCCCAUCUGAAGAAGCACAACAAGCAGAAGAAGCUCCUCCAGCUGCACAUGGAGCAGGAGAAGAAGGCGAUGAAGAAGCUGCAGCAGGAGCAAAACUCGUUGCAGACCAGUUGAGCGGGCGCGAUCGACGGCUAGCAGCUGAAAAACAAGCAAACAUUUAAGCGAACAUUACCUUUAAGACUUGCCCACAAUGUUGUAAAUAACUAUUAAUAAAAUUAAACAUCCCAUAAUAAAACGUAAUCG